ACUCCUCAGUUCCGUCACCCUUUCCCUUAGCGAUCUCAAAAUGACAACAAACAACAAAUCCGAAAUUCGUUCUCUCCAUCAGUUGAUAGUAUUGUGGAAUUAAAAUACAAAAUCAUAUUUACUGGCUUCGUUGAGAUAGUGAUCAUUGUGCCAACUGUUAUCCAGGUACUUUCACACCAUGAAUAGCGAACGGGAGAUAAAGCAGGAGAAAACCGUCGACGAGGAGGAUGAGGAGGAUCAAGAGAUGUACAAAGACGACGAGGACGACGACGAUGAGCGGGGGAAUCCUACGGAAUGCAACUUUUGUAACAAGUUUUUUCCCAAUGCGUCUGACCUUGAAACUCAUAAGAACUUGGUCCAUUUCCAACGAGACGUGUUUCAAUGCCAAAAGUGUGAAACCCGCUUUAUGUCCAAAGUGGAACUCAACGCUCAUCUUCCAGUUCAUAUUCGGAAACGUCUCCGUCAAAAGCCCAACGAGUUUCUGACCGAGGUGGUGAGCAUCAUCAAGCGUGGCAAGGUCCUGGGUCAACAUCAGACCAAUAUGCCUGAUCCAGACUUGGAAAAGCGACCACCAGCCGCCAUUCACUCCCAUGGAAAGGUGUUUCGACCCGCCAUUUACUCCCGGAGCUCUUAUACUUGUGGAGAGUGCCAGGAGGCAUUCACCUCUUCGAGCGAGCUGAUGCUACAUUUGGACCUACAUCCGGACCCCGAAAUGAAGGUCGAGCCCACGGCACCUUCGAGUUCAAAAACUUUCCCAUGUGGAUUUUGUAAAGAGGCCUUCCCAAGCAAAAAAUGGGCCUUGAUUCACACCAAGUAUCACCAUUCUACAGUCAACGCGAGUAAACUGUCCUUGGCUCAAAAGUUCAUUCGAACGGGUGUGAACUGUUCGGCUUGUAGUUCUUCUUUUUUGAAAUUGGACGAGUAUUAUAAUCAUUUGCUUGAAAAUCAUGGCUCUGUGGAGCUGCACAAAAUACCCUAAAGUUUAAUACGAUGAUUUGAUCCUUGAAAAUAAAGGCAAUUGGAUCAUCCA